CGCCCCCCAUGAAUAAGCGCCCGAACCCCAGCACUGGCUCCAACCAGCAGACGGGGGGGGAAGAGCCCCCCCCGUCGCCACGGCUGCGCGCGGCUCGAACGACUCGUCGCUGUUGGCCCGGGUAUGGCUCCUGGGGAGCGAUGUUGGGGGAUUUUGCGUUCUUCCUACCUGCUGGACGAUUUUCUGUGGGCCCAUCCAGCUCGGACCCCCCGGCCGCCUCCAAUGGCAGAGUGUCAUGAAGACCUUGUCGAAGGAUGUAAAGUACCUGGUGGAGACUGGCAAAAUGUGGAAGGCCAAGGACUUGAACGAGCGGAUCGGAAUAUCCUGCAACGACCCAGCGCUCCCCACAGGCGCCAUGCGGGACGCGUGCGGCUACAUGAUACAGGCGCAUGGCAAGGCCAUCGCUGCGGAGGUGGAAGAGCACUGGACAGAAGAGUCAGACAAGUUUGAGGAGGACCUCGUGCCGGAUGAGUUCUGCAAAUCGGUCGGCGCUUGCAAGGAGGGACAACAGACGCUCAGCCAGAUUAUGGCUGAGAGUUCCCGGAAGGACAAGAUAGAGAAAGAGGCGAAAGCGGAUAAAGAAGCCAGCAUGAAGUUGGCGAAGGAGGCGCUUAGAGAAGGUGGUGCGGGCGACCUUGUGAAAGAGUUGAACAAAGAAGACAAGAUGAGGAAGAAGAAACAGGCUAAGCUCGACAAGACAAUACAUGACAGGGCCCAAGCACACGGUGCCGACCCGAAGGAUAUGUUGAAGAUGGACAAGGAGGAGGGAUUCAAGAAAGCAAAGGAGAGAAUGAGAUCUGGUGCGGCGGAGGGAAUUCUGAACCAGAUGCAACAGGAUGUCCCAGAUGUUCUCAAAAAGACCGCGGCAAAGAAAGAAAGUAUGGCAGCGUCGCAUACCGAGCUGUGA